AAUCGAACCUCACUGUCUGUGCGCAGCGCAUCUUUCCGCUUUGCCGGCGUCCAGUCUCUUGUUUACCUAGCAAUUUCAUAACUUUUCGUUCGAAAUUGUUAAAAAACCUGAGCCAUAUAGGUAUACAUUUUAUAAUCAGUACAGUCGUGACCUUAGUGCGAAAAAUAAACAAUAUAAACAGUUCCGGUAAGAACAACGUACAACUUAACCAAAGAGAACACUGGAGCCGUGCGUCUUAUUUUGUGCCGCAAUUGUUUGGAUUGUUUUCAAGUGAUAUAAUCAUAUCGAACAGAUCGAUAAAUAACCUGCAAAGGCUAUUCAAAAAUGGCACCCCGUAGUAAUAUUUGGCUCUAUUUCGUAAAAGGUGAUCUCAAGGGGGAGUGCAAACAGUGCGGCGCUAUCAUUAAAACCGCAGGUAACACGAUGAACAUGUGGAACCAUCUGAAAAGACGUCACCCCCGAGAGUAUGCAAUCGCACAGGGAACCAUCUGGGACGAUCCGUCGUCUGUGGUGGAAGAAGUUGUAACAUCCGAGCAGCUUUUAACGGAAGAGCAGUACGAGCAGGAGCUUCGGAAGGAAGCUCAGCAAGCUCUCGAUCAGCUAGCGGAAUCCGAAGUAAUUAUUGAGGAACAUGAAUCAUCAGCUAAGCAAACUCCGAUGCGAAUGAAAACCGCCGGCAAGCGACGAUAUCAAAGCCUGCCGCACUCAAGCCCCGCGAAGACACCCAGAAUGCAGAAUAGUUCCUAUGUUUCAGCUUCGAAUUUCAGCGAACAUAAAAAUGUAGCGAAUGUUUUGGCAAACUUCCAGCAAACGGUGCAAAGUCUGCAAAAGGUUGACAGUUAUCAAGUUUUCGGAAACUUUAUUGCCGAGGAGCUGCGCAAGAUACCCGAGGAAAAGCUGGCGAACCAAGUGCAGCGUAAGCUCACACGUUUCCUGAUGGACUGCAUAGACGAAGCUGAUCGGCCAGCCGAGAACUCGUCGCAUAGUAAAAAUGAAUUUUGAUUGUUUUCGUCUCUGAUUUUGGCGCACUAGUGUUAGGCUUAUCUAAUCAAUUGUAUGACUUUCAUUGUAAGCAUAUAAACAAUAAAUGAAAAUAUUACGGAA